AGGUCUGAGAGCUGUGCUACAAGGAGAGAAGGACAGUCACUGUUUUAGGUUUAGAGUUGGCCCAGUACCUAUCAGAGAAACAGGGUUCUCUUGAUAAUCAUUUAGGGUUUAAAGGUAGUUCAAACAGAAAGGCUCAGGUGAAGCAAAGUCCAGGUGGGUUAUGGUCCAAAAACUAUUUAAGUCUCAUAAAUCUCAUUUCCUGACGUGGAACGUUUGAACUUUGAGCUGUUGGAACACAAUAUUGUCUGACAGAGGAGAGCGAUGAACGAGCACCUGCUGAAGAUCCUGAUUGUUGGCGACGCAAACGUUGGUAAAUCCGCUUUUGUUCAUCGAUACGUCAACGGACAGUUCAGCAGGACGUACAAGAUGACCAUGGGAGUGGAUUAUUCUGUGAAGCUGCUGCUCUGGUCGGAUAAAGAAAAAGUUAGACUGCAACUGUGGGACAUCGCAGUGUGUGUCUUCCCUCCAGGCCAGGAGCGUUUCAUAUCCAUGAACAGGAUCUAUUAUAAAGGCGCGCUUGGCUGUGUCGUGAUGUUUGACGUCACCAGCUCGGCCAGCUUCCUCAGCUGUCGCCAUUGGAAACGGGACCUCGACAACAAAGCCAUGCUUCCCAACGGAGACUCCAUCCCCUGCAUCCUGCUGGCCAACAAGUGUGACCUCUCUCAGCGGGUGGUGUCGGCAGACAGCAUCGACAGGUUCAGUAAGGCCAACGGCUUCGUUACGUGGAUGGAGAUUUCAGUCAAAGAGAACCGGAGCAUCGAAGAGGCUAUGAGGAGAUUGGUGCAGCAGAUUCUGUCAGUUCAGUCCAGUCUGGACGCGCCCCAACCCGGACCUGAAGACAGCGUUCACCCUCAGCUGGACUCCGAGUGCAACAGAGGAGCAGGUUGCUGCUGAAUCACAGACGGGACCAUGCUCAUUGGUUUUAGAUCCUUGAGUUGUUUGAGGGGCCACUGAGCAAGGCACUAAACCCUCAGGUACUUCUACUGCUGACAGAAGAGGCAACAGGAGGCUGCAGGUCGAGGCGUCCUCGACGUUGAUGUGUGGAGGUGUUGAUUGGUUAUGCUGCUGAGCAGAUCAGUGUUCAUGUGUGGGUCUGCAUGGAUCUAAAGGGACAUAAUAAAUCCAAUCCAAAUUUAUUCAUAAAGAACAUUUAAAAACAACAAAAGUUGACCAAAGUGCUGUACAAUACUGAGCCACAUCUAUGGUGCUUAUAGCGACCGGUAGCGCCUAUUCAAUGGCUGAUAACUGUCGGAUCGGUGGAAGGGAGCUCCACAUGGAUAGCAAAGUAAUGAUGAUAUUUACAAACUAUAAGAUUUGGCGAACACGGACCUUCAAACCCUCCAAACUUGGUGCCUGAUCUGCUCUUGACUAUGUACAUAAUUAUUAAAAACAAAUAUUUACAAACUUA